AUCUCCUUUACUAGUAACACAAAAAUACGAUAUAAAGAUUAGUGCUUCAGAAGUCGACUUUGACAAGAGAAUGAACGACUCCGCCACCAUCAACGCCGCCGCUGGCGGCGAUAAAACCAACGAUCAAGACCUAGGGCCCAAGCAAAAACGUCAAGCCGGACCUGAAGAGAGACGAAACCGUUCUGUAUUCGACGUUCCUCAGGACUUCUUCGACUUAUGCCGCCUCGUUCGCUCCCCAACAUCGGUUCCUGAUCCAUCCGCCGCCAUUGAUUUAUCCGAAAUUGAUACUCUAGACGAUGAAAUUCUCGACAGCGAACAAAAAAUCGAUACUAACAAGUCUUUGACUAACAGGUGGUCUUGCAAUACUUGCAAAGCAGAGUUCGAUUCUCUUCAAGAACAAAGAUCUCAUUUCAAGUCCGAUUUACAUCGGUUCAAUGUAAAGUUAAGCCUAUCCGGAAAGGAUACUUUGAAGGAAGAAGAAUUCGACGAUUUAAUAUCUGAUUCUUUACUUGAUGACUAUGAUGUAUCGAGUAUAUCAGGUUCUGAAGAUGAACAUGACAAAGAAAGUUCUGUUCGAACAACAAACCGAGGUGGAGGAUUUUACAAUGAAUACAAAAGGAAACUAUUUAUUCAUGUUAAGACAGGUGAACAAGUUUCAAUUUGGAAAGGUUUGGUUAUGGAUGAGGAUGCUGAUUUCUCACUUGCGAAUGAGAAAUCAGUUGCUAUGGACAAGUUUGGAUCUGAUAGUUGCUUGAGUGAGAAAGAGUUGAUUGAAAGAUUGAAGUUUCUUGUUCGUGAGCCCAAAGAUAUUAAGUGUUUGAGGAUUGUUUUGCUUGUAAGUGGUGGACAUUUUGCUGGAUGUGUUUUUGAUCGCAACUUGGUUGUGACACACAAAACAUUCCAUAGAUAUGUUAUAAGAGGCAAAGCUGGGAAAAAACAGUCUACAAAAGAUGCAGGUGGCAGAGCUGCACAUUCAGCUGGAGCCUCACUUCGUCGAUAUAACGAACUUGCUUUAAAGAAGGAAAUCCAAGAACUUCUUACCUCUUGGAAUCCCUACUUUCUAGCUGCCCGUUGCAUCUUCAUCUCCGCUCCUUCAAGCAACCGUCAAUUACUUUUCAACGCCGAUCAACCUUAUUUCACCUGUGAUAAACGCAUCAUACGUAACAUUCCACUAACUGUCAAGCGUCCUACCUUCAAAGAAGCAAAGAGAGUCUAUACCCUCCUUACACAAAUCAACCAGGAAAUAAUAGUCGAGGAAACUGUCGCCAUAAUAAAAAAACCCGAUCCAUCUUCCCGAGUGAAUAACAAGAACGAUUCCCAUUCCAAAUCUGGCAAAGAGAAAGUUGGAGACGACUUGAUAAAGUCAAGUAAUAUUAGCGAAGAUGACGAGUCAGCAGCUGUUAGUAAUUUUACGACAGAAUUACACGAGGCAGCAAAGUGUGGAAAUGGUGAAAAAGUGUUGGAACUUCUCGAACAGGGGUCUGAUCCGUGUGUUAAAGACGGAAGAGGAUGGACUCCUUAUACGGUCGCAUCUGAGAAGGAAGUUAGAAAUAUCUUCAGACGGUUUAUGGCAUCAAACCUCGAGAAAUGGGAUUGGCAUGCUGCUAAGGUGCCUAGUGCAUUGACGAAGGAAAUGGAAGAUUCUCAAGCUUCUAAGCAGGCAGAGAAAGAUGCAAAGAAGAAAGCAAGAGCAAAAGAAUUGAAGAAGUUAAGGAAGGCAAAAGAGAGUAAAGCUCAGGCGGAGGCUAUUCAAUCUAAAAAGAACAAUGAAAAUAAAGAACCGAUACCUCGGUUAUCGAAAGAGGAGGAACUCGAGAGGAAGCGAGUGGCGGAUAGGGAGAAAAGAGCCGAAGCAGCUGAAAGAAGAAUGGCCGCUUUAAAUAGCGAUGGACAGCAAAAAGGGGUGGUGCUCGAUAAUGACAUGAAAUGCUCGUGUUGCGAUUCAUCUCUUGUGGGUAAAGUUCCGUUUCAUAGGUAUAAUUACAAGUAUUGUACCACCUCGUGUAUGCAUGCGCAUAAAGAGAUUCUCGAGGAUGAACCAUAAACCCGACCAACCAAUUUUACUCUUUUCUUUUCCGGCUUGUUGACUACCUUGCAAACCUAGUUGGAGUUGUGGCUUAUUAUUAUUGUUAAGAAAUUGUGAAUUUGUUACAAGGAUGAUUGAUUUUAUUUA